UCUACUCUCGCGAGAGGUCAGCACAAGGCGGUUGGCCUGAGGCGCUUUCUGCUUGUGUCUCUUUCGUCAGGAGGGUCGCUUCGCCGACCUCCCUUCGCGUUCUGCCUCGCUCUCCCUUCGAGCCAGCCGCCUCCGGACGAGCCAUGUCUCGCUACCUGCGGCCUCCCAACACCUCGCUCUUCGUGCGGAACGUGGCCGACGACACCAGGUGUGUGUAAGUGAGGCGGGGGGUGGAGAGGGCAUGGCAGCCGCCUGGCUGGGCCUGCUGGCCGAGGCGCGGAGAAAGAGAGAGAGAGAGAGGAGCCCCCCCCCCCCGCCGCCAUUAGCUCUCUUGAUUCUUCCCGACCCGCAUAGGCAUUAUGCAGAAUGCGCCAGGCCUCAGUUUAAGCCGGGGGUGGGGGAGCUCGCGGCGGAGGUCUUCGCGAGCCGCCUUCCCGCCAUUUGUCUUCUCUUCCCGCUUCUUGUGUAGUCUUCGUAGGGCCUCUGCACACCAUGCACGUCCCACUUCAGCGCGUUUGUUCCGUGGCGCUUAACCGCCAAUGUCGUUCUGAGGCCUCAGCACGCGGGUUCCCUAGGAGUAAGCGCCGCUGAACUUCUUCUGUGUGUUGUUCUCAAGCUUUCCCGUUUGGAGCCAAACGUGACUUGGCAAAACACAAUAAGAAAAUAGGCAUUUAGGCUCCGCUCUUCAGCUGGAACAGUCCCCCGAGUAGCUUACAAAUUAAUGUUGAAAACCCUAUCGCAGCAGCGUUUAUUUUCAAAAACUUCUUUUUUCCUUUUCCCCUCCCCACUCUCCCCCCCCCGCGCGCGCUUCUUGUCCUUUUUCUUCUCUUGCCCUCUUUUCGUCUUUCAUUUUCCCUCUUUAUAUUGUUUCAUCCCCACCUGAGUCUCGUCUGUCUACCUUUUUUUUCUAUUCAUGGCACCGUCUAAUUUCUGUUUGGAAUUUAUCCUCAUUAGAUGGUUUUGCCUAUAUUUUCAACCAGCUGCGAUGGCUAUACUCUGUCUCUGAGGAAGUAUCCUUCUGAAUACCCAUUGCUGGAAAAUAAGGAAGGGAGAGUACUUUGUGGUUAAAUCCUGCUUGCAAGUUUUCUACAAGCAUCUGGUUGGUCCUUGAGUACUAAUUGCCAGACUAGGCGGGCAGUUGGCCUGAUCUAGUGGGCUGUUAUGUUUUUAAUUACUUCCCUAAUCCAAAUCUACAAUUUUUAGGUUUUCAGUUUCAGUUUCCUUCAGUAUCUAGUUCCUUUAUAUUUUACUAGGUCUGUUAUGCCAGGUGUCUCUCCCUCCACCUAUGGUUAAACUGGUUAGCAAGCCUCUAGAAAUUACUUGAAAUAUAGAGUAUUCAAUCAAGAGCGGUCGAACUUUUUCUAUUAAUUCAGUCCCCUUUCUUUUCUUUAAAAAAAAUGUUUCCAGGUUGCAAUAUCAAAGAAAAGGAGAAUGCGUGUCAUUAGGAAAAUUUUAUAUUAGAUAUUAGCAUUUAAAUAGUACCUUUUUAUUUAAAGUACAUUGUUUCAGUAGGCCUUAACACAACUCUAAAGUAUUUUACAGUUAGCAGUUCAUAGCUCCUGGCGAUGGUGGAUGUGCUCCUUUGCUUUUUUAUCCGCUAUUAUUCUGUAAUAAUUCCUAAAAGUCUUGAGGGACACUAGCAUAGAUCUUUUUAAAUAAAAAAAAAGCUUGAAAAUAUUUUCAUCUAAUUGAUACACUUUAAUAAUGAUUUGAUAUACUUGUAUUUGGGAAUGGACUGUUACCACAAAAUGCUAAGGAAAUGGUCUUCAGUCCCACAUUAAAGUAGGUUCUACUAUGUUCAGUGGGUUAUAUUCCCUGUUGAGUUAGCAUGGAAUUGUAGCCUUAGGGAUCCAACAUGAAUCCCACUUAAAGUUAAGCCAUUGAUAUUAUUGGACAGUGGACAUAAGCUAAAAUAGGUCUAUCAAUUUCAGUGGCUCUGAGCCUAACUUAGUUGGAUAGAUCCCUUAGGGUUGUAUCCAACAUUAGUGUUCCACUUGCACAACAGAACUCCUCUCCAAAGCAGAUUUUGGGGACACGUGCAGAACUCUGCAAGCACAGCAUUGGAUACAACCUUAAUUUCAAAUAGUGGCUUGGCAAUUGUCUCUUAAGUAUGUGUUUGUGUAGCUUGUUUUUUCUCAGCUUGCUUUGAUUAUAAUUAGUAAAGACAUUCAAAUGGUCAGUGUUCUGUUUCAGGUCUGAAGAUCUACGUCGUGAAUUUGGUCGUUACGGUCCGAUAGUAGAUGUGUAUGUACCUCUGGAUUUCUACACUCGCCGUCCAAGAGGAUUCGCUUAUGUUCAAUAUCCUUUCUUCAGAUGGCUGAUUAGUGAGGGGUGUUGAAGUUUGAAAUUCACGUUUGUGUAUGAGGUAACAACCCUAAAUGAAAAAGCUGUUUUCUUCUGUGUUGUAUAUAAUGUCAUUGUAGUGUGCUCCAUUUCCCUCACAGAUGACUAUCUUACAAAAUUUCUAUAAGUUAAAAUUUAAAUUGCAUCAAGUAAAAUGUGCUUUGUUAUUGCAAGCUUCAUAUACAGAUUUGUGCUUUUAACAUUGAAAUGGCCUUUGCUGCUGCCUCCAAGUGUAUCGCUGCAGUUUUAUAUUACUGGCAUUGUUAAACUUGUUCUUGUGCUUAGCAAAAUGUGGCUGAUAUUUUAUUGUUUAACUUCGUGGAAACUGGAAUAAUUUGAUCAAAAGCAGAUUUGUAUAAAAAUGAGGUGAAAAGUUUUGCUCUGAUUAUUGUCCCCUAAUUUACUGUCCUCUGUUGUUGCCUCAGAGUGUAAAGCUGUACAGUAAUGGCGACCCCAAAGAGAAAGCAUGAAAGAACCUUUAGAGUAGAGUUCAAGAAUUAAGGCAAGUAGACAAGCCAAAGACCUCUUAAGGAUCAGGCUUGAAGAGAAGGGAAAGUUUGGGAAAAGAAAAGAUAAAGAAAAAGCUGGAAGAAGGACAAGCCAUAAUGGGAGACAAAGCUUCGCUUUAUCUGCAAAUGGGGGAAAAGGUUGUUUUUCAAAGUAUAAAGAUAAAGCCAUCUGUCACUUUUGACCAAGCAUCUCAUGACAAGUCCUUCUGACAAGCACUUAAAGAGUUAAAGGUCAAGAUGAAGUUGACUGGUGGCCAAGAUAAAAGGAGCCAAACCUGAUGUAUCCUACAGAAUAAGAGCUGUCCUCUGGCUGCUUGUGUAAGUGAUUAACCAAUCAAUUUUUCUGGUUUAGUCUAGCUUUGGGCCCUGUAAUAAUUUGCUUAACUUUGGUAGUAUCUUCUGAAAUUAUGGUUCUCAGUGAAAUGCAAUCACUCAUUAUUUGAGAUGAAUAUACCUGUAAUAGGGUGAAAUUUGGCUUAGGAUUUGGUACAUGAACAUAUAGGGACAACCUGUUUAGGCUACUUAGAGGUAUGCAGGAUAUGGGUUAUUACAUUAUAUAAUAAAAUUUGAUAUAAUUUCAUACUUUAAAACCUUAGUACAGUGGUACCUCAGGUUACAGACGCUUCAGGUUAUGCGAUUUUGGGUUGUGCACUGCGCUGAACCCGGAAGUACCGGGAACUGGUUACUUUUGGCGCAUGCACAGAAGCCCCAAAUCGCAACACACGCAGACACGGCGCUGCGGGUUGCAGAUGUGCCUCCCACACGGAUCACGUUUGCAACCUGAGGUUCCACUGUAUAAGAAUCUAGGAAACAUCUAGUACUAGUUUCAUCAGCAAAAAGCAACAUUUUGAUGUCUUCUAAUGAGUCUCUGCUGAGGGAAGCAAAACAGAUUUUCAGAGAAGCUAUAUUUGAAAUACCCAUAUAGACAACUAUAGAACGAUUAUUUUAAACUGAAAUUUGUCUUUCGUCUCAAAUAGAUAUUGUUAAUGUCAGCUAAUUUUUGUUAUGCCAUAGAACAUGCCAAAAAAUGAGGACAAGUUGGUAAACAAGGGUGUGUGAUGACAUUAUGGGAAAGACAAAGCUUGCUAACUGUGUAGCUGUAAAUACAUCAAAUUCCCAAGUACCUUAACAUCUAGCACAUUUGAAGAUGUCCGUGAUGCUGAAGAUGCCCUUCAUAAUUUGGACCGGAAGUGGAUUUGUGGCCGCCAAAUAGAAAUCCAGUUUGCUCAAGGAGAUCGUAAAAGUAUGUAUACUGUCUUAACAACUGUGUAGUGUAAAACGUAAAGCCAAAUACUCAGGGCUAUGUAUUAAAUGUGUGGUCAGACAAACAAGACCACUUUGAGGGGGUUUUCUACAAGCGGUAUAUAAACUUUAUGAAAUACAUAAAUAAGACCCACAAGCUUACACUAAAUAAAUAAAAAUGACACAAAGGGAAAGGGACAUGGAGGGAAGCAGAAGAGGCACUGUUUAGGCACCUAUUCCUAAACAGUUGUUAAUGACUAGAUGGCACAGUUCAGGGUUCUGUUUAGGGAAGUUUUUAAUGUUUGAUGUUUUAUUGUGUUUUUAAUACUCUGUUGGGUGCCAGCCAGCGUGGCUAGAGCAACUGAGUCAGAUGGGCAGCAUACAAAUUAAAUUAUUAAUUAAAUUAUUAUUAUUAUUAAAUAUUAUGGAAAGCCUGAUUGAGCUAGGCAUUCAGCAAAAUGGAUGGAAUAAACCCUGCUUCCUAUCCAUCCCACUGAGACAGUCUGAUGGAAUGUCUGUUCCCAGGGAGAGGAGGCCAGAUGGAGUUGGUCUAUCACAACAGCUGAUGGAGUGAGUGCUACUUGCCAUUUUUAAGGUUCUAACGUGUAUGAUUGGAGGCAAGGAGAAAAUCCUGGAAGCAAAGCUAGUGGGUUGGAUCCAAUAUCAGUAAUACUCAAAAGUAGACCUAUUGAAGUUAAUAGAACUUAGUAUCUGCCCAAGUCCUGAUAGUCCAACUCUUCCUCAUUUGUCAAGAAGAGUGCAGAUAAUAAACUAGAAUGCUGGAUGCCGAAUAAAGGAUGCAGAGUUGAUUUGCAUAUGUUUCUGAUAAUUUCUGCACGGUGCAUGUGUAUUUCAGCUAGAAAAUGUAUUCAUAUAAUCAUGUAUUUGAGUGUGCAUACAAUAACUUACUGUAAUUGAGUACUAUAGAAGGGUUUUGCUGUUGAUUAUGGAUGGGAAACAUUUGGCCCCCCAUAUAUCUUAAAAUAAACUGAAAUGAUCGGACAGUAUGUUUUUUAAAUUGUUCCAUUUCAGAGAUGAAGAUGGUGGGAAGUCAUUUCAGGGGUCUGUUACUUAAUGAUUAACAUGUAUUGCAUUUACAAACAUCAGCUGAGAAUUUUUAUUGUAACAUUAAAAAAUUGCUGUUCUGUUCUUCUGUAGCACCAAACCAAAUGAAAGCCAAGGAAGGAAGAAAUGUAUACAGCUCUUCCCGUUACGAUGACUAUGACAGAUACAGACGUUCUAGAAGCCGCAGUUACGAAAGGAGGAGGUCAAGAAGCCGCUCUUUUGACUACAGCUAUCGCAGAUCUUAUAGUCCUAGAAAGUAAGUGUUGUACUUGGAUUGACCUAUGCUGCCAUGUAAUGGAGAAGAGAGAUCAUAUUGACUGUUUGACACUUCUAGAUAUCAAGUCACCUUUGUAAUAACAUGCAUGGAAGUUGUUGUACCUUGCAUGGACCAUCCAAAAGUCUGUGCAUCACUGAAGAAAAAUGAAAAACAAAUGCAACUCUCAAGAAACUUAACGUAGUUGGGUGUGUGUGAAUAAUUUUAAAGGUAUAUGCCACUGUUUACUUUUUCUGAUGUACCUUUUUAGCAGUAGACCUGCUGGAAGACGUCGACGUAGCAGAAGUCGUUCAGAUAAUGAUAGGUAAACAUUCUUUUAUAUAACAAAUUCAAAAUCAGACUAGUCUGUGCCUGCAAGAGUAAGCUAUUUUGAUGUGAGAUACCCAACUCCUAGCAACUUGUCCAUAUUCAAAUGUAUUAUCUUCCUCUUUCUGAUAGGUUCAGACACCGUAACAGAUCUUUUUCAAGGUCAAAGUCCAAUUCAAGAUCACGAUCUAAAUCACCCAAAAAAGAAAUGAAGGCUAAAUCACGUUCUAGAUCUGCAUCUCGCACUAAAUCUAGAGGCACCUCUAAAACGGAUUCUAAAACACAAUAUAAAUCCAGCUCAAGAUAUGAAAAAGAAUCAAGGAAAAAAGAACCAGCUAGAUCCAAAUCUCAGUCGAGAUCGCAUUCUAGAUCUAGAUCAAAAUCCAGAUCCAGGUCAUGGGCUAGUCCCAAGUCCAGUGGCCACUAACAAUGUACCUUGUUUUUUAGGCAUGUAUCAUCCAGUUACACAGUUGAGUUAUGAUGUUGCAACAUUGCAUAAAAUAACUUUCGUCAGUUAUCCUGUUAGCAGACAAUUAAUACUAUUAAAACACAAUAUUGAGAAUCUUCUACAAAAGAGUCCACUUUGUUAAAUGUCAUGGGCAGCUACUGAGGUUCUUGUGGUGUUUCUAUGUAUAUUUUUGUAAAAGACUUGCAUUUUUAUGCUUCAAAUAUCAAUGGCACAUUGAUUAUGACAGUAGUUUACAGCUUGUCCUAAUGAACUCACCCACAAACAAUAACUGUUUCAUGUAUAUUUAAAUUGUCCAAUAAUCCCUGCAGUACAGUUGGAAAACUGCGCAGUCGUGAUGCACUGGUAACUGCUGUGAAAUCAGAAAUUAGUACUUUGACAUUUGAGAGGGAGGGGAUUUGCAUUUUUCUUCCCCACUUGUGCCAAGGUGGCUCGUUCCUAAGGCAUUGUGAAAAAUAGUAUUAAGAUUCUCAUUGAUAACAUCUGAAGGGAUGGUUCUUGUAGCAUAGUGAAAAGGAGAUAAAACAGCCAUGAGACUGUUGUGGAAUUUGUCAAGGUUCCAGGUACUUUUUGCCCGCUACUAUAUUGACACCUAAAAUAUUUAGUUACAUAAUUAGGUGAAUGUGUAUACAUUUAUAUCCAGUGUAUUGUUAUCUAGUGAACAGUUGACCUCUAAAUUGCAUAGGGUUACUUGCUGUAAAACUGCAAAGAAAACAUCUCAGAUUAAUGUGUACAAUAUGUAAGAAUGAAUAUUUUUUGCCAAGGACUUCAUAUGUAGCCUGUGUAUCCAUAAGAACCAAUUUCUAGUCUCCUAUCUUUAAAAAUUAUAAUUUACAGUUUUGAGUUUACAUGUCAGAACCUACAUCAUAGUAGGUUAAACUAGUCUGUUUACCCAGAAGGUGAUUAUAAAUUGUGCUCCACUUGCAAUGUAGCAUAUCCAGUUCCAGUAGUUUAUCAUAAUGUGAGCUUCUUCAUCCCUAUGAAGAAGAGCUGCAUCCUACUUUUGGUUUGUUGUAAUACAGUAUGAGAACUGAAUAUGAAAAGUUGCCAUGGCAUAAUCUCAAAGUAUUCUCUGCAGAGAGCUCUCUUGUAUUACAAACCAUAGCUUUUUAAUUCAAAUGUGAAAGCCAGUAUCAAACACUUAAAGACCCUCCACUUAUGCUUGGUAGGAUAAUUGAAUGUUGAUGAAUUGUUUUGUUUCAAUUUUAGUUCUAACCGGCCACUCUAAAUAAAGCUGGCUUUUAAAAUUCUGGCUGUGGAAUGUGUUUAAGAGGUGAUUCUAGAACCUUUGUAUAUUUGAUAGUAUUUCUAACUUUCAUUUAAUGUUAAAAGUUAACGUUCUGCUAUGCAAUCAUUUAUAUCUGCGUUCCUUUAAUUUUGUAGACUUUCCCCUGAUGUAUAGUUUAAAACAAAGUGUAAAAUGGUAGCGUUACUGUGCAGCUCUGGUCAGAUGAAAGUUGUGGAAAUAAACUUUGUAUUUCCUUUCUUAUAGAGGCUUCUAAAAGGGUAUUUUUAUAUGUUCUUUUUAAAAUAUUGUGUACUACUUUAAAACAUCAAUGUUUUGAUCAAGGAAGACCCAGCUUAUUAUCUGCUGUAAAUUUAGCAAACAUGCUGUAAUAAAAGAGAUCCAGUGAUUCUGCAUUGUAAUCUUAACCUGUUCCAAACACUGUUUAAAAUGUAUCGGUUUGUGGCUGAGGGAUAAAAUUUUAUAUCAGUAUUGAGUAAAAAUGGGUACUAAGUUGUAUUGCUCAAGACAUACCAAUGAUGUAUUUCCAACUAUGAUUGGAAGGUUGGUCAACAAAAUAAGAUAAUUCUUUGUUGGGAUCGUUUGGUGUAGGUAUUUGUAUAGGGUUGCAUUUGACCAGUUUAAAAACAAAAUAUUGGUCAAAUCAAGUAGCUAAAAUAAGCCUUCAGAUUGUACUGCUCACUGUAGAACUCCUGGUUCCUAAACAGCUCCUAGCACAGUGCUAGGUUAUAUGAAGUCAUUCAUCGUCCUGUUGCAAUAACUGACCCUAAGAUAGUCACCAUUGUGGCACAUAAAGCUGCUGGAUUCCUUUUCUAAGAAAAGAGUUUUCUUGACCCAAACUUUCUUCUCUGACUACACUUUCUGCAAAGUAUCCUUGAUGCAAUGACAGGCAGUCCUUUGAGACAAUCAUGCCGAAUGCAUCCCACACAAACCUCCAUAUUCAUAGUCUUAAAGGCUCACUCUGCAUUUAUAUUCAGUGCACAUAUGUAUUACACUAGAGAUGCUAUCUUUACAUCCAUGCCAUACCUUAGUUCAGAUGUGCACUGGAGCUACUAUGUGACAAAACUUCCUGGAAAAUUAAAGAAUGGUUGGCUAC